AUGGCUCAAUGUUUUAAUCCUAGAACUCAAAGAAUUGAAUAUUGUUCAUCUCGUUUAUCGUCUUAUAUUGCUUUGGGAAUUAUAAUACCAUCAUGCCUUUUGUUAAUUAUCGUACUUGUGUAUAUGUAUAUUCGAUAUAGACAAAAGCAAUUAAGAAGACAACAACAGCAAUGUGAUAUGACAAUUAUUAUUCCAAUCGAUAAUAAUGAUGGACGUCAACAACCACCAUAUAAUUUUUCACAUCCACCUCGUUAUACAUCUGUAUCAGACGACAUGUUUAGUAAACCACCAUCUUACGAACAAACUGUACACCAACUACUGGAGACUGCUGAUAAUAAUGAUAAUUCAACAGAAAAUCCUCCUACAACUUUUCCAGUUACAGCAACGAUAACAUCAUCAAAUAGAUCGGUAGAAUCGACAAGAAAUCAAUAUUAA